AUGGAGGAACAGAUCCCCAAGGCUUCCGAGCCGACAAGUGCUGCUGCGCCCAAGCAAGAGGAGCAGGACUUGCCCAAGUUGUCGCCACAAGAGUUCAGGGUAUACAACCGAAUGGCAGAGCACAUGGACAUGUUUCACGAGAAUUUCCGUAGGACGUGGAACCUGUUAUACGGCGCGUGCGAAAGCAAGAAGCGACCGGCUGGCAUGUCGAUCCGCCAAUUUAUCGGCGUGGGAGACGACUUCUGCCACCACUUGACCAUCCACCAUACUAUCGAGGAGCGCCACAUAUUCCCUGUCCUUGCUCGCAAGAUGCCAGCCUUCAAGAAGGAGCUCGAAUUGCUCACUCAGCACAAACAAAUCCACAACGGACUCGACAAGUUUGAGGAGUAUCUCGGCCAAUGUCGGAGUGGAGAGAAAGAGCUGCGCAUGGAAGAGAUGAAGGCCAUCCUCGACACAUUUGGCAAAGUCUUGUGGCAACACCUUGACGACGAGGUGCAUGAACUUCGUGCCGAGAACAUGAGACGGUACUGGACGCCAGCCGAAAUGGCGAGGAUACCCAUUUAG